AUCGUGUGGUGCGAAAAUGGAAGACGCUUUAGAAGAUUUAAUGGAGCAGGAAGAAUACGACGACAGCGACAAACCAUUAUCAUUGCCCCGCAAUCCCCCUUUUCGCUCCACUCGACUGCACGUCCAGAGAAGUAGUAUCUGCUCUCGGGCUUAUUUCGUUGUGGUCAUGGUCUUCUUCCAUGUGUAUAUCCUGAAUGUUAUUGGCCUGCUGCUCUACGUGCACUACAACAACGGCCCCGGGGAUCUUGUCAGUGGAGACGGGGCCACCUCAGCAUCAGUUAGCGAGAGUGGAACCCCUUUGCCCCAUCCUGCCCCAGCUUCAAGAGAGCUACAUGUGGAGGACUAUAGUAGUAGUUUCAGUCUUCCUCGCAUUGAGGGGAUACGGGUGGGUCAUGUUCAGCAGGUGUCCCUUGCACCAGACAGAACACAUGAGAUGAAGACGAUCAGCCUGAAACCUCUGCUAUUCGAGAUCCCUGGCUUCCUGUCAGAGGAGGAGUGCCGUGUGGUGGUGCAGCUGGCUCAGCUCAAGGGUCUGAUGGAGAGCCAGGCGACAGCAUCCAGCCAGGGACAAGAGGGGUCAAACCAGCCACUACUUUCUCUCAGCACAGAGGAGGUCUUCAGUCUGUUGGACCUAAACCAGGAUGGGCUGCUGCAGAAGCAGGAGAUUGUGAGUCACUCACGCUCUCGAGAUGGAACUUGGUUGAACCCAGACAAUUUACGGCAGAUACUCACUGGUCUGGAAGCCUGCCCAACAGGGAUGCUUACCUUGGAGGACUUCAGGCGUGUUUAUGAUGUGUCCCAGCACCCAGGACAACAGCGAAGCAGGAAGCUCCAGACUCAGUUCAAACAGAGAAGCAAACAUACGUGGCUUUACCAAGGCCCGGGAUCCCACCAUGUGCUGCACACACUCAGGAACAGAGUAACCAGUCUGACACGUCUGCCUUCUUCAUUGGUUGAGCUGAGCGAGCCGCUGCAGGUGAUUCGCUAUGAGCACGGAGACUUCAGUAAUGCCCACCAUGAUAGCAGCCCUUCUCAUUUAGAGACUACCUGCGCGCACACACGACUUGCAGGAAACACAUCUGCUCUCACAGAGGUCUCUUGCAGGUAUCUUACCAUAUUAUUCUUCCUCAGCUCUGUAGAGGAAGGUGGUGAGACCACCUUUCCUGUGGCAGACAACCGUACCUAUGAAGAGCAGGCACUAGUUCAGGAUGGAGUUGAUUUGACAGACACCCAGGAAACAUGUGGCAGAGGGAACCUGAGAAUGAAUCCUUCUGCUGGGACAGCUCUCCUCUGGUACAACCAUCUUUCUGAUGGCAGAGGUUGGAUGGGUGAGCUAGAUGAGUAUUCCCUGCACGGCGACUGCCCAGUCAGGCGUGGGGUAAAGUGGGUGGCCAACAGCUGGGUAAAUGUGGACCCAGACCACCAGCAGCAGGCCCGCUACCAGAGACUAGUUGCACAAAGGCAUCGAGCUAAGUCAGGCAUGGAGGAGCAUUACCAACCUCUCCCACACAGUGACCUCCACCAGGAUCUAUAGCCGGGCCCUUUUAAUGACAAGACAAAGCGACCAUAAGUCAGUUUUGCAUCUAUGAAGCCAGUGAGGCUUGGCAGACUUUUCCACAAUAUCAGAGGCUGUAUACGAAAUGAAAAUUGCACAAAAAAAACAUCCCAAAUAUCUUCUCCUUUCAUCAAAUCUGUCUUGCAUCAUAUUAUGUCUCUCAAGCCAUUGCUUGGAUAGCCACAUUUACUUAAUACAUAAGUCAGUUUCAUUAGGAAAGUUGAUUGGUGGAUUUUAAUAUAGUAUUCUGGUGCAUUAGUUUUCUCUCAAUUAAUUUAAUACAUAAAUAACAAAUACAUAUGAAUUAAACAGAGUGAAUUUCAUUCUCUAUUAAAUUGCGCCUUAAAGAAUAUAUCACUUGCUUACCUGCCUUCCAUUUAGGUUUACUAGGCAUCUGCCCCGGUUGCAGGUCAGUGUUAUUUUGUUAGAAACCAUAUCACAAUAUUCAUCUGUGAAUGUGUUCCUGAGGGAAGUUUUUGUGAGAUAAUUUGUCUGUUCUGUUCUUCAGUUUUGUUUCCAGAGUUUAUCAUGAAAUGUUAUUUAAUAAGAGUUUGCCACACCUACUGCACAUGCAGGACUGUUCUUGACUGUACAAAAUGAUGGCUUGUCACACUGGCUGUGGGAGGCCAGUCCUUCAGGUCAAUUCAAAUUUAGGUCUUUGAUGAACUUUUGUGUCCUUUUUGGCAACUUUUGAACUUUGUAUCCUCACAACUCAAAAGUAUUUACUGUAAUUGUCUGAGAGAAUUUAUUUGAGUGUUAUUUAUUAACACCAUUUUGGAGAUUUAAGAUUUAAAGGAAUGCAUAUUUAUUACAGCUUGAUGUUGCACUGAGUCUGUUGAUGUAUUUUAUUGUAUUUGUUCUAUGUUGUGAAAUAUAUGAAGCAAUGUUUUAUUA